CUCUCUCUCUCUCUCUCUCUCCCUCCUGGAAUUUCAAAACCUUUUAUUUCUCGCUCUCUUUUUUUUUAAACAGCAUUAGAAAUUUUCUCAGGAAAAUCAAAACCAAAACAAGCAAACACUCACAUUUUCUCAGGAAAAUCAAACGACGGAAGAAGAUUUUCUGUUUGUACGAAUCGUUAUAAACAAAGCACUGGUUUGUUGUUCAGGUUUGCACAAGUUAAUUAAUAUGUCUAUUGUCCAGAGCGACCCGCUUCUGCAAGUGGAAACAACUUGCGGAACCCUUUUAUAUGAAUUACAGAUAAUUUGGAAUGAAGUAGGGGAAACAGAUACUGAUAGGGAUAAAAUGCUGCUUGAGCUCGAACAAGAGUGUCUUGAAGUAUACAGAAGGAAGGUGGAUCAGGCGAACCGGAGCAGAGCUCAACUACGACAGGCUAUAGCUGACUCUGAAGCAGAACUGGCUGCCAUCUGUUCUGCAAUGGGGGAGCGACCAGUUCAUAUCCGGCAGGCUGAUCAAAAUAUUGGAAGCUUGAAGGAAGAGCUUCGAAAAAUUAUUCCACAACUUGAGGAGAUGAGGAAAAGGAAAUUGGACCGAAGAAAACAGUUCCAUGAGGUUCUAGAGGGCAUAAGGAAGAUCUCAAGUGAGAUCUAUGGAUCAGCUGAUCAUAAUGUGUUUGUUGAUGAAGCUGACCUCUCCUUGAAAAAGUUGGAAGAGUUGCACAGACAGCUGCAUGAACUUGAGAAAGAAAAGAGUGAUCGCAUGAAGCAGGUCCAGCAGCAUCUAGAUACUUUGAAUGCACUUUGCCUAGUGCUUGGUAUGGACUUCAAGCACACAGUUAGUGAGGUUCAUCCAAGUUUUGGUGAUUCUGGAGGAUUGAGGGACAUAAGUAAUCUGACAAUUCAGCAUUUGGCUACUACAAUUCAUAAAUUGCGCAAGGUUAAAAUACAGAGAAUGCAAAAGCUCCAAGAUCUUGCAACUACAAUGUUGGAGCUAUGGAAUUUGAUGGAUACCCCUAUCGAGGAACAACAAGAAUUUCAAAAUGUUACAUGCAAUAUAGCUGCUUCAGAGCAUGAAAUAACAGAACCAAACACUCCUUCUGUGGAGUUUAUAAAAUAUGUUGAGGCAGAAGUUUCUCGUUUGGAAGAGUUGAAGUCAAGCAAGAUGAAGGAGCUUGUUCUGAAAAAGAGGUCGGAACUGGAGGAGAUCUGCAGAAAAAUGCAUAUGAUUCCAGAAACAGAUGCUGCAGUAGAAUAUGCUGUUGAAGCCAUAGAAUCUGGAAACAUGAACCCUGAGAGUAUACUUGAGCAGAUAGAGGUUCAAAUUGCUAAUGUUAAGGAGGAAUCUUUUAGCAGGAAAGAAAUACUUGAAAAGGUUGAGAAAUGGUUGACUGCAUGUGAAGAGGAGAGUUGGCUUGAGGAGUAUAACAGGGAUGACAAUCGAUACAAUGCUGGGAGAGGUGCUCAUCUGACUCUCAAGCGUGCUGAGAAAGCUCGCAAUUUGGUUAAUAAAAUGCCAGGUAUGGUGGAGGCUUUGGCUUCCAAAACCAUGGCAUGGGAAAGUGAGAGAGGCACUGAAUUCUUAUAUGAUGGUAUCCGCCUUCUUUCUAUGCUUGAAGAGUACACCAUAUUACGCCAGGAGAAAGAGGAAGAAAGACGGAGGCAGCGGGAUCAGAAGAAACUGCAGGGACAGCUGAUAGCUGAGCAAGAGGCCCUUUAUGGGUCGAAGCCAAGCCCUUCAAAGCCCCAGAGUGUGAAAAAAGCUUCUAGAGUAUCAACGGGAGGUGCAACCAACAGAAGACUUUCCCUUGGAGGAGCAGGGCUUCAGACUCCUAGACCUGAUUUACCUCACUAUAGCAAAGCUACACCACAUUCACGUCCUGGAAAUAAAGUUGAAAGACUGCAUCAAAAUGAUCAUUCAAAACCCCACCAGGAUGAUGGCGUUGCUGGUUUAUCUGCUGGGAGGAGAGGGUUGGAUAUUGCUGGUCUUCCCAUGAAGAAACACUCAUUUGGCGCUGUAAAUGGUCGCGAACCUCAAUCACCAAUGCUGCGGCAACCUUUCUCACCUAUUUCUUCCACUGUUUCAUCAAAAUCCAACAUGUUAGAAGAAGCAAUGACACACGAUGACACAUCUAAGAAGACACUUCCAAUAAAUGAUCUGUCCUUUAAAACUCCCUCAAAGACAAAUACCGUUGCAGAUGAAGAGAAUUGGACUCCAAAGGCAAUGCUAAUUCCUGUGCCUACAACGCCUUCGACAGUAUCAGUACCCAUGCAGACAGCCAUGACCCCAGCUCCCCCACCAGUUCCAUUCGCAGUUAAUCCAGUUGAAAUUCCUGAAGACAUAGAGUACUCAUUCGAGGAAAGAAGAGCAGGAUUCAUUCUUCCCAGCUCACAUAUAAAAUCAAUCAUACAACUACAAGUCUGAUAUUCUCAAACCAUGGGUGAGCUUGAAUUUAUGUUGCGUGGUCAUUGCCUGUUGAUCUAAUUGAUUUUACUUUCAUCUUUUUCCAGGACAAGUUCUUGGUUAAAGUCAAUUGUAAUUGGCUUUUUGAUAGUGUAUAUAGUCUACGAGCAUUGAAACGUGGACUAAGUUGUUAAAAUUGUUACAUCAUCGUCAGUGUUAGCUUCUCUUGAUUUUAUUGACAUCUCUUUUAUGUUGAGAAAGGGUCAAGACAGUGAUUUUCUUUCCCUGGAUUGUUACUUGAUAUACUGGUAUUUGUUAGGUAACACAGUAAACAGUUCUUUUC